AUGUUGCUCGACGAGAACCCAGGCACGCUCAUCCACCACACCAUUGGAAACUUCAAUAUCCAACCAGACAAACAAGCCGUCACCCGCAUCAAUGACUCCUUAUCGACCCUUCAGCAGUCGCGCGAGCUGCGUAUGCGCGAGGCCGAGUCCUCUCUGCGAAAGCUCUCCCGGCACCUCCAUUCCUUGAACGCCCAGCAUGAAGAAGCGGUAGCUGCACAUGACUCGAGUAAACAUGCGGCGGAUAUGGUUGAACUGGACACGAAGAAAUUUCGCAUCGCAAAAGCAGCCACGGAACUUGAAAUUGAGAGCGAAAGACUGGAGAGUGAGCUGGAGAUGUUGAAGGAACGAUUGGCGGAUUUGGAGGCUCAGGGGCUGGAAGGCGAUGAAGCCACGAGACGGGAGAGGGAGCUGGACGAUGCGACAAUCCUUCGUCUUAAAAUUUAUCGCUCCCUUGGCGUUGAUAUUGAGGCCGAUGAUGCGGGCAAUUUCAACAAAGCCGUCAUCCGUAAUAGUCGCAAAGGGGACGUGCACGUCGUUAACAUUGACCCCAAGUUCUCGCGAUUCUUCUACUCCAACUACUUCUGGUCGACCAUGCAAGGUUAG